AUUUGGUUUUCUAGGGGAAGAACAAAUUGGGGUAUCAGCAGUGGUCUGUCGGUAGCUGGCUAUAGGUUAUUUCUUUGCAGUCAGUCAUUAAACAUUUCUGCUCUUGAAAAGUUAUUAGAGAAUUAUCAGACUAUGGUAUAUAAUUAACCCUCAAUAAAUAAAGUAGAACCAUUUCUGGGCUAAACUGUGUGCUUGUAUGGAGCCUUCCAUCCUGUGGUUAAAUCUGUAGUUCCCUUUUUCAAUGCAUGCUUGUCUAACUUAUCAUCUGCCAUCAUUUCUGAAGUACCUAUCACAUUUGUACUUGAAAGACAGCAGUUAUAAAAGAAACCCACAGGGAGAUGACCCAGAGGACGUUUGAACAAACAGAGCAGACUCUUCACAGAACUUUUGAGACUCUGCAGUCUUGUAGUUGUACCUGAUAAAGCUUUGACUGCAGCUGGGGAAGCACAACCUGUCCCUCCAUCUCUCUUCUGUGCAAGUGGAAUGCCCUUUGGUGGGUUCUCACGUCUUUCUCACCGAGCUAUCAUCAGCCUCUGUAAAAUGGUGACGAGGGACAUAUGCUGAUACAUGGCCGUUCUCAUUUACCAUCUAAAGAUUAUGGCCAGCAUGAUGAUUGUUUUUCUGAUCCUCCUUUGGACAACAAACUUGGUUCAGCCAAACACACCUCAAGCUGCAGUUCAGGUUUUCCCACCUGUUAACUUCACCCUUACAGUCUCUGCAUUAGCACAAGUACUUUUACAUUGGAAACCAAACCCUAAUCAAGAACAAAAAAACUACACUAUUAGAUAUGAUGUGAAAAUCCUAAGCCCUGUGCCUGAAGAGUAUGAUACAAAGAAGACUCACAGUAUCCGAACGGCUGCACUUCACAACGGUUUCUCCGCACACAUUCGGACAUUACUUCUCCAUAAUGACCUUCUGAUGAGAAGUGACUGGGUGAAGGAAAAACUCCCGCCUCCGCCAGGUGCUCCAGAGACAUCUGUCACUAAUUUGUCCUGUGUUACUCGUAUCACCAUUUCUAGUACUGUUUCUCUCCAUUGCACUUGGCUUCCUGGCCAAGGGGCACCAGAAGAUACCAAGUACUUUCUAUUUUACAGGUAUGAGACAUACACUGAAGAAUGUCAAGAUUAUAUCAAAGACAAGUGGAACAGGAAUACUGAGUGCAGAUUUUCAGUGACUCAAAUUGAUCCUGAAGAGGUUGACAAUCUCGUUGUAAUCCACAUUAAUGGGUCUAGCAAGUAUGCUGCAAUCAAACCUUUUCAGCAGUUAUUUAACCAAAAUGCCAUUGAGAAGGUGAAUGUUCCCAGAAAUGUCACUGUAUUCUUAGAGCAAAAUGAUCUCCUGGCCACAUGGGAGAAGCCAAUUUCUCCUUUCCCUAAAGAAUGUUUUGAAUACGAAUUUUACCUCUUCAACUUGAAGUCAGGUAACAAGCAGAUAUUGAAAAUAUCCUCAAACGACUUCAGAUUACGGAUUGAUGUUACCAGCAGGUAUUCAAUACAAAUAAGAGCUAAUCAUCACAUAUGUUGUACAAGAGGAUUUUGGAGUGACUGGAGUGAAGUUAUUUAUGUUGGGCAAAACAAACUGGAGAAUCCCGUAGCCUGGAUUCUCGCUGUGCUUUGUGUAUUCACGUGCUGCACAUUCCUGCUUGUUGCUAUAAUAUGCAAAAUAAACCAAGUAUGGAGUAAACUGUUUCCACCAAUUCCAACACCCAGCAACAAAUACAGAGAUCCCUUCCCAAAUGACUAUGAGAGAGCACGUACCUACACCAGCGAGACGGACACCGAGUUCAGCAGCUUCGCUGAAGAUCUCUACUGCAGCACCCUUGACGACUCUGUCUUCUGAGAGGCUGCGCGGCCCCGGCAUGUCACCCAGCAUCACCGGAGCGGGCUUCAUGUCACCUCUGCUGCAGCGGCGUUUCCAACCAGGGGAGGAGGACUUGCUUCCAUGAGGCGCCUUGUGUAAUGAUAAGCUACUAAAGAAGAAGUCCCAGUUUAAGCAGGAUUUAAGUAUGCAGUACAAGGGCUGUGUAGGAAAAAAAACAUUCUGGAAAAGAGCUAACGGCUUUUUUUCUGGUUGACAGCUUAAUCUUUUGGAUUUUUGUUUUGUUUUAAAUAACUCUGACAACUCAAGCUGCAAAAUGCAAAGUGGGACUUGGCAUAGCCCUGUGUAUGGCAGCAAGGUACCCAGCCGUGGUCCCUGGCAGUGACCAAGGUGGGUCAAAUCCUAGGAAAAGAGUAAAACAAGCUGUAGAGCACCCCACUUCUGUCAUCCCUGGUGCCGCACAGCUACAGCAAAUCCGUCAUGAGAAUCGGGACCCACACCUGGCCUUCACUGAUAUAUUUUGUAAUAAAACAGUGUGAACUCAGCAAAUAACCUGAACAACCACCAUGGAAAUGCAAUUCAUUGACGAAGGGAGCGUCUGUCUGUGCUGUGUGGGAGCUGUGAGCCAUGCAGCCAGACCGCUCCUGCGUGGGGACUGCUUGACAGUGCAACGGCCAGGCCGUGCCUGAUGUGGCAGUGUCCAUCUUGUACUGCGUAAAGGUACUUACAUGUUGCAAUUUAAGUAAACAUAGCGCCAAUUUUGGAUGUUGGGAAAAGGCUGUCUCAGGUGCAGGACUUUAUAAACCCCCAAAGCCUCUGGAUUUUAUAGGCUAUUUAAGACGAGGUUACUUUGCUUAUGCAGCUGACACACAAUAAGAGUCUUACUACUUUUGUGCACAAAGCUAGCACCUUGCCUUGCUACUUUUGUACACACAGGUAGCCCAUUGCCUUGUUAUUUGUGUGCACGCAGCCGGCACCUUGCUGCCACAAGCACAACUCCCAAAAUCUCUGGGUUCGUGUGCGUGACAGGUUCUGCAGGUGGCCUGGGGUGCUGCAUGGGUUGUGUGCACUGCAGGCCUGCGAAGAGCCACAUUUAAACCUACAGUAAAUUCACCGCCUAGGAAUUGAAAACUAUUUGGGGAAAUAGCUAUGAAACACUGCAGAAAACUGACAGGAGUCAGUCGCCCGCACUCCCCCCGCCCGGACCCUGCUGCGCCAGGCACACAGUGAGAGCUGGGGAGGGGAACAGUCUCCUACUCAGAUUUUUCCUGUGGAGUUCUGAGAUAUUGGUAAAAACGUCUAUGCUCAUGUGGUUGUGCUGCCAUGUGGACAAAGACACUCGACUAACGAUACCUCGAUGCCUGCUGCCUGCCUCUCCUCGGGUGUCCUGACUGUCCGGCACACAGAGGACUCCUUGCUGUUUAUUCCUCUCCUGGUUUGUGGAAGUUUAUUUUUUCUUCAGGUUAUUUUCUUCCUUCUUGUAAGAUUUGUACAGUUUGCGGAAGAAAGGAGGCAUUUUUAAGAUCUUGGUUUCCUUGGGGCUUAGAAGUCCCCACCUUUUGGCUGUGUGAAGCAGUGGGGCUGCGAUGGCCGAUGCCUGCGUGGGAAUCACGGCAGCCGGGCAAGGCUGCAGUCUGCGUGCUGCGAGACCCCGAUUUCAGCAUGGAACAAGAGCUUCACCUGUGUUUCUUACGCUCCCCUCUUCUGAACGAGGGAAAGAGCGUCCGGCUGCCCACCCAGGUGCUCACCGGGGGCUGCAGGACGGGGGGAGGCACGGGAGACUCGCGGUCGGCUCAUUUUCAGUACAAAGCUCCUUUGCGGGCUCUUGCCUUUGACGUUAGCUGGCAGCAUCUGCAAAAGGACAAGAAGAGAUCGGUUGUGCUUCCUGGCACAAGAGUAAAGUUUACAGGGGGGAAAAGAAAAAAAAAGAAAAAUGGCACAAACUGCUGAAGUUCCUUAAUUGCACCUGCAAAACAAAGCACAGC